AUGGCGCUCAACAUCAUUGAGAAGCGCAUCGCCUAUUAUGGCGCAGACGAUCUGAUCGCCGCACUGCCGACCCACAAGUCGAUGAAAUGGAUACGUCAUCCUGCAGCAACACCGUCGAAUGCGCUUGUGAUUGGUACCUACGACGGACGCGACAUCCUUGCCUUCAUGAAAAGCUUCGGUGGCAGCCCACGCAGGGUGCAAUAUUGCUUCAAGCCAGCCAAUCGUCGGCUCAAUGCAUCCACAGCACAGCCUCUUACGCUAGACGAGGUGGUGAAAUUGCCACUCAAUGCGCCGUUCAGGUACAGCGCCGACGCCUCUGAGUUGGGAAAGAGCGACUUCGGUAUCGUUAUUCAAUGGUACUUCAUGGGCAUAAUCGAGCCCGAAGUUGAUUUUAUCGAGUAUUGUCCGCGACUCUACAAAGCACUGCAGAGAAUCGAUGCAAAGAAACGUGCCGAAAAGGAAUCUGAAACGCCGGAACCUGAAGAAUCUAGGGGCGCGCAAGAUCAACGUUCAAGUCACCGCGACCAUCUUGGUAUAGAAACAAGAUUAACCAGGCAGGUCGUAACCCUAGUAAAAAGCCCAGUAAGAAGCCCGUUAGUCAGCGCGAGCGACGAUGAGUAUUCUGAUCUGGGCAAGCUGCACAGUUACUUGGAUUUAUAUGGCGCGCUUUACUUGCUGAAAAACCUACCGGGUCCAGACGAGGUCCAGUUCGUGAACCAGGACUUCCUUCCCAAUGCACAGCCAAGAAAGCUCUUUAUGGGUCACCAUAAAGAACACGGCAACGACAUCUAUGCAUAUAUGCGAAAGUCACGCAAAUACCACGAGAUCAAAUUCUAUACCGAAGAUACGCGCGCACCUUCGAAGACAGCCAUCAGCUCUGAAGACGUUGCUAAACAGAGUAUCCUACACCCAUUUAACAAAACCUAUCCAAAAGGGACUCACAGCAUUGGCCAAGACGAGAAAGCCCGACUCACACUUAUGGUCAAGUGGUACUUCAUUGCAGCCAGAAUAGCAAAGGAUUGUGUGCUCAGAGAAACGAAGGCUUAUCCUGAGCGCUUGCUGAGCGCGCUUGAGUACGUUGCUAAGCGGAUGGGGGCUGCUUCCGUCAGACCGCCCCUCGCUGGGUAUGAACGGCAAAUGGAGCCAGAGACUAGAUCAGAAGAGGCAAGCCCAACCAUCGAUGAAAGUCAUAUCCAAUUCACUCUCGCCAAGGUUACGCCCAAUCCUUUAUCAUCCCCCAUCACAUCUAGAUCUGCUCCUCCGCACCCGUCAACUGCUCACGUAGAGCAAUUGAAUAACCUCUCUAACGCCGUUGACGCUCCGAAAAUGCGAGGCACUAAACGCACCGCCGAGGAUGCAGAGUUCGAAGAUCUUGCUGAGAUAGUCUCUCAAGCACUUACUGCGGACCGGGGCCUCACGGAUCAGAUUAGUGCCAUUGACAAGCGGAUUGAGCUGUUGCAGACGCAACGUACAGUUUUAGUAGAGAAGAAGAGAGAUGUGAAGAGGGAGUUCACGAGGCAGACUUUGGCGGUUGCAUCGAGGACGGAUGGAUAG